AUAAGCUAAAAAUCUCCAAACGAAUUCUCAACAUCAAAACUUCACAAAUAAAAAUUGAUCAGAAACGCCAGCUUGAAUAUCAAUAUGUCCUUCGUUUCGAGCAGAGCCGCCGCCAUAAGAACGAACAAGAAAUGUGAAGUGUACAUAGCAACGGUACCAUUGAAAGCUCCAAGAGGGCCUCCCCAAGUCCUCAUGUCCACUCUUUAUUCUCUCAAUUUGUUUCAAUUCCAGCAUUACAUGGUCAUUAUCAACAACAACAACAACAAUGCGUCACAAUCCGAGGUUUUGGUUUGCGAUUUUCAGCCGGAAGAUCCCGAGGACAUAUUCACGGCGGUUAGCGCGUUAUCGGGCGGGAAAGUACCCGGAGUUGUGCUUACUAGGAAGCUAAAGAAGUUGCCUACAAGGAAAUGUUGGUUUGUUGGGCAUUGUAGUGAUGAUGAUUAUGGUGUGGAAGAAGGUUUGCGGGAAUUUAAUGAGGAUUGGGACACUGAUUUGAGGAUUGGGCAUCAUGAUUGCCGGAAUUAUGUGAAUGAAUUGGUCGAGUUUCUCACCGGUGAGAAGCAAGUGUUGGCCAGGGGAAUUUCUUAACAACACAUAGUUAUACUAUAUGAGGAUCCACCUAGACGGUGGCUGCGGAUCCACCAUAUAAUUUGCCGAUUGAUCAACUUUAUGUAUAAACUAUAUGAGGAUCUUUGCAUUGCUCUAAACUGUAAUUAUUCAUCAACCAUUCUUAUUUUAAAUCUGCUUUGUGACCAUUUCUGCAAUCUUACGCGGCAAGUAUUAUGGAGUUAGGGGUGAAAUGGUUUGAUGAUAAAAUGUUACAACGAAAUCAG